UAUGUAUGUAUAUUUCCCCUCUUUUUAUUUUUUGUAGAUUUGUACAUAUGUGUUGCUUCUAAAAGAGGAACUGAAGACCAAUCUAUAUACUAUUUUUAUUUUUUUAUAUUUUUUGUUUAUAUAGUUUUUACCUUUGGUUUUCUAGUCUUUUAUAUGAAAUCCAGCAGAAAAUUUAUACAUGAUAGCAAAAGGAAAAUUAUUUAGAAUACAGUAUCAUAAUAAAGCAGAACUUUCAUCAUCAUGUUUUCUUCUCCCCCGGCCCCUCUCUUUAAUUACAUAUAAAUGUACUUAGUUCAAUAAAAAGUAAUUUUCCAUUUAUGCAUUCCAUUCCUUUAGACAUGUGAUCAUUGAUGUGCAUCCAGCAUAUGAUCAGCUUGUUUGUUUCAUGCUUGUUUCUUAGAAAGAGUCGAGUUAGAUGGAAUGAAGCAAACUUGGAUGAGAUUGAAGCAAAUAAACCAGUGAGGCAGAAAAUAACAGAGCCUAAGACACCUUAUCACCCUAUGAUCGAAGAUGAUGGUGCUGUAUCACCGAGACUUGCUUUCAACGAAUGCUUGGAUAAUUCUGCUCAUGCUGAAGCUCUUAUGACUGCUUUGAAUGAUGUAGCUUCUUCAAGCAGAAGCCCUAACGGGGAUUGGACAUCUUCUGAAGAUGAAACUGAUGCCAUGGAGCAAGAUGAUGAUUCUGAAGUGGAUGUUGCAAGGUUGAGUUUCACGGAGCACCGGAAGGCUCACUAUGAUGAAUUCCAUAAGGUCAAAGAACUCUUGCGAGCGAAGUCCCUUGUUGAUGAGGAUGAAGAAGACAACAGUGGCGGGGAAACUGGCAAAGAGAUCGGUGAUUCAACGUCGGAUGAAGUGAGGGGACCCGAAUCUGGUGAAGCUCAAAAUUCCACACCCAACAAAUAAAAUAAGGGAACUACGUCCCCCAUGUGAUGCAGCCCACCGGUGAAUAAUUUCCAAUAAGAAGACAUCCGAGCCAUUUGCUUCGAUCAUUGAUUUCUGCUUAAAUGAAAAAAAAGCACGUAUCGUGAUCACAUGGCUUGUGGUUAUCCUGACUUUUAGUGCAAAAUCUUUGAUUCUCUAAUCCAUCUUACUUUAUGUGAUGCCAAGUCUGAUCUACCUUUCUCUCCACAACAUCUUUUGACUGUAUUUGUACUACGGUUGUUCCAUGUUUUCUCACCUCCCUUUUUCCUGGCAGUGUUUCUGGAGAGCUGUAAAUCUUCAUUACAAACUGUGUAAACGGUUGAAUUCUGUGGUUUCUUUCACUCGA